AACAUUCUACACACUUACAAGUCAAAUAUUUCAAAAUAUAUGUUUCGCUCACGUUGUGCAAUUUUUAUUUAGAAGAUUAUUGUACCAGUUAAAGUAUUUUGAGUGUCAAAUUACUAAUAGAACAUUGCUUAAUUAGUUUAAAGUCUCGCACGUGAAUUUUUACGAACUUAUCUCAACAUGCGGCUUGUUGAUUCAAAGAAGUUGUUAGAGCUUCAAAACAAACCUUCAAAUAUUCGGAAUAUAUGUAUUGUAGCACACGUGGACCAUGGGAAAACAACACUAGCUGAUUCAUUGAUAUCCAGCAAUGGUAUUAUAUCUCAGAGAAUGUCCGGUAAGCUUCGUUAUAUGGAUAGUAGGCCUGAUGAACAAGAACGUGGUAUCACUAUGAAAUGCAGCAGUAUUGCUCUCUAUCAUGCAUUGGAUAGCAAUGAAUAUCUUGUAAAUUUAAUAGAUUCACCAGGACACAUCGAUUUUUCAAGUGAAGUAUCCACAGCAGUCCGAUUAUGUGACGGCGCAAUUGUUGUAGUGGAUGUUGUUGAAGGUGUCUGUCCCCAAACAAGGCUAGUACUGAAACAAGCUUAUUCUGAAAAUAUAAAGCCUGUUCUUGUGCUUAACAAGAUUGAUAGGCUUAUAGUGGAAAUGAGAAUGACGGCACUUGAUGCCUAUGUGCACAUAACACAAGUUUUGGAACAAGUAAAUGCGGUCACGGGAGAGCUGUUUGCAUCUGAAGUGUUAGAAAAUGAAGAAAAUACUAUAGAUAAGCAGCAAGUCAACCUGCCUUCUAAAGACGAUCAAAACUUUUAUGACUGGACAUCUGCAUUGGAGGAAGCUGAUGACUCAAACCUAUAUUUUUCACCAGACCAAGGCAAUGUUGUAUUUGCAAGCGCAAUUGAUGGGUGGGGCUUUACAACACAUACAUUUGCAAAGCUAUUUUCAGACAAAUUAGGUGUUAAGGAAGAAUUAUUAAAGAAAGUCCUUUGGGGUGAUUAUUACUUAAAUUCAAAGACAAAACGAUUUAUGAAAGGUGCUCAAGAAAAGGCCAAAAAACCUCUUUUUGUACAACUUGUUUUUGAUAAUUUGUGGAAUAUUUAUGAAACUGUUAUAUUGAGGAAUGAUAAGGAAAAAGUACCAGGUAUUUGUGAGAAACUUGGUAUAAAAUUGACUACUAGAGAUCUAAGACACACUGACGCCAGAGUUCAACUUCAAUCUCUUAUGAUGCAGUGGCUCCCUCUGUCGCAAACAGUUCUUAAUAUGGUCUGUUCAAAAUUGCCCUCACCAAAAGAAAUAUUACCAGAGAAAGUGGAAAAGCUCAUGUGUUCAAGAAUACAUGACUUCAAUUCCUAUCUAGAUGAAACAAAAAAAUUAAAAGAGGACUUUUUAGCCUGUGAUAGUAGUAAUAAUAGACCAUUAAUUAUUUUUGUAUCCAAAAUGUUUAGUGUUGAACGUAGUUCUUUACCGGAAAAUAAGCCAAAGGCUUUAACAGCCGAAGAGAUGGCAUUACGCAGAGAAAAAGCGAGACAAAUGCGUGAAGAACUAAAGAAUAGUGCUAAUAAAGCUGAGGCAAUCCCUAUGUCUAAGGAGACCAGUUCUCCAGAAGAAAAAUGUACAGAAGAUGAGAAGGGGAAAGAAGAAAAGGAAGAGCAAAGUGAAACAGCAUUUAUAGCUUUUGCUAGAAUAUUUAGUGGUAAAGUAAAGAAGGGUGAUAAAGUAUACGUACUUGGACCUAAACAUAAUCCAUCCAAAAUACUUAGUACAGCAGACUUUAAAGUAGAUUCUAGUAAGAAAUUAAAGGAUUUGAAAAGUGAUGAACACAUUACUUGUGCUGAGAUAAAAUCGCUUUAUAUUCUUAUGGGAAGAGAACUAGAAGAAAUUGAUGAGGCAGUCAGUGGUAAUAUAAUUGGUAUUGGAGGGUUAGAAGAUCACAUAUUAAAAACUGCCAUCUUGAGUAGUAGUCUGGCCUGUCCGCCCUUCAGUGAAAUUCAGUACGCGGCUGUGCCGAUACUAAGAGUAGCUGUUGAACCUACUUACCCCUCACAGCUACCGCAGUUGGUCAAAGGUCUGCGGCUACUAAACCAGUCGGACUCCUGUGUCCAAGUUCUGCUUCAAGAGACAGGUGAACAUGUGCUUGUCACAGCUGGUGAGGUUCAUUUGCAAAGAUGUCUUGAAGACCUGAAGAAUCUAUAUGCAAAAAUCCCAUUAACUGUAUCGGAGCCCAUAGUACCAUUCAAGGAAACAAUAAUCGAACCGCCAAAAAUGGACAUGGCGAAUGAAGAAAUCGAUUCUCAGAACAUAGACAAAGGAAACGAUACCGAGCAAGAUCCGGUUGUAACCAUCUACACAAAUAACAAGCAGAGUAGAAUUAAAAUCAGAGCGAGACCUCUUCCCAAUGAAAUAACAGAAUUAUUGGACCGUUCAUCAGACUUACUAAAAGCGAUCUCACAGCACAUAAAGUAUUUGCAUGGAAUAUCCAACGAGAAAAUAGAAACAAAAUUCACAGAUCUACAAAUCAAUGGAAAGUCUCAUCUAUCUGAUAGAAUGCUGAAGCUGAUAGAAGCAUUUAUAACGGAACUAGAAAAUAUCUGUACAAAACUCGGACCGGAGUGGCAAGAUAUCGUUAAACAAAUAUGGUCUGUCGGGCCUAGAAAUUGUGGACCAAAUUUGCUUCUGAACCAAACUGGGGAUUACAGUACGAAAUAUUUACAUCAUGAGAAAAUUCUGAAAGAGGAUUCACGGUUUGAAUAUGAAGGCAGUUUUGUUAAUGGCUUCCAAAUGGCAACAUUGGCUGGGCCUUUGUGCGAGGAACCUAUGAUGGGUGUCGCUUUCUGUGUUGAAGAAUGGACUUUGGAUAAAAGCGAAAACGAUGAGACACAUUCGUUUGGACCCUUAUCGGGUCAAAUUAUGUCAGCUGUCAAGGAGGGAUGUCGACGCGCGUUCCAAUUGCAGCCUCAAAGACUAAUGGCGGCAAUGUAUUCCUGUGACAUCGUUGUCGACCAGAAAGUAUUAGGCAAAUUGUACGCAGCGCUGGGUCGCCGCAAUGGUCGAGUGGUAGCUAGCGACUUGCAGAGUGGAUCUUCGUCCUUCCGAGUAGAGGCUUUGAUGCCUGUUGCUGAAAGUUUUAAGUUUGCACUCGAGUUAAGGACACAUACCUCUGGACUAGCUGCGCCACAACUGAUGUUUAGUCAUUGGGAGGUGAUAGAUAUCGAUCCGUUCUGGCGUCCACGCACUGAAGAGGAGUACCUCCAAUGGGGAGAAAAAUGGGAUGGCGUUAAUAAAGCAAAAGCCUACAUGGAUGCAGUGCGGACAAGGAAGGGACUGGCAACAGACAAACAUUUAGUUCAACACGCAGAAAAACAGCGAACACUCUCUAAGAAGAAAUAGUUAACAGUACAUCGUAGAAAUAAGAAGAGCCUGGCGUUAAGUCUAUGGACUGUUACGUAAUUCUAAGUUAUCUGUCAUACCCAGCCUGGUCGGAUGAUUACGAUUACACAGAUUAACGCCCGAACCCAAUAAUCAAUCCACAAUCUCAGAUUAAAAACAAUCUGAGAUCAGACCGUGACAGUCGCUCGAUCUCCUAUCUGCAUCCCAAUAACCAAACCCUUCGAAGACAAUCCAUUUUU